UACUGGAGGUCGGGCAUGCUCAUGAAACAUCCGCUGCGAAAUGCAGAGAAAUCCCCAAAAAGAGCGAGAUUAACAUGAAGUUUCAGACACAUGCGCCACAGAUGACUUCCUAAAUUGCAUUGACGACGAGCCGAUAAGUUGCAAGUGAAGAAGAAAGCGCGCAGAAAGCACGAAGGAGCACCCGAAAACUGUCCGUCCGUUUUGUCCUACAAAGGCGCCGGGAGUUUGACAGCGCUAGGACGCGAGUGCGCAGGCCCGACGGUUAGGUAAACUGCCUGAGGAGGACUACAUGAAACAAUAAAGACUGUCCUUUUCUGUAGAGGAAACCAAGCUCCAACAUGAGAAAGGACGUGAGGAUACUACUCGUAGGAGAACCCAAAGUGGGGAAGACAUCACUGAUUAUGUCUCUGGUCAGUGAGGAGUUUCCCGAUGAGGUUCCUCUUCGAGCUGAGGAGAUCACCAUCCCAGCUGACGUCACCCCAGAGAGGGUGCCCACACAUAUUGUGGACUACUCAGAAGCAGAACAGUCAGACGAGCAACUGUAUCAAGAAAUAUCCAAGGCAAAUGUUAUCUGCAUAGUUUAUUCAGUCAACAACAAGAAGUCCAUUGAAAAGGUGACAAGCCACUGGAUUCCCCUCAUAAAUGACAGAACGGACAAAGACAGCAGGGUACCAUUAAUCCUUGUGGGGAAUAAGUCAGACCUGGUGGAACACAGCAGCAUGGAGACCAUCCUGCCAAUCAUGAAUCAAUACCAGGAUAUUGAGACCUGCGUAGAGUGCUCUGCCAAAAACCUGAAGAACAUCUCUGAGCUGUUUUAUUACGCCCAGAAGGCCGUUCUCCACCCAACAGGACCCCUAUACUGCCCUGAGGAGAAGGAGCUGAAGCCUUCUUGCAUUAAGGCUUUAACUCGAAUCUUUAAAGUGUCUGACCUGGACAACGACGGCAUCCUUAAUGACAAUGAGCUCAACUUCUUCCAGAGAACGUGUUUCAAUACACCACUGGCGCCCCAGGCCUUAGAGGAUGUAAAGAACGUGGUCAGGAGGAACAUGACAGAUGGAGUCAAAGACAAUGGACUCACGCUCAAAGGCUUCCUGUUCCUGCACACCCUCUUCAUACAGAGAGGUCGACACGAGACCACCUGGACUGUGCUAAGGAGGUUUGGUUAUGAUGAUGACCUGGAGCUCACACAGGAAUACCUGUUCCCCAUGAUAAAGAUCCCUCCAGACUGCACCACUGAGCUUAAUCACAACGCUUACCUCUUCCUUCAGAGCGUGUUCGACAAGCAUGACAAAGACAGAGAUUGCUCGCUGUCGCCGGAGGAGGUGAAGGACUUGUUCAAGGUGUUUCCCUACAUGCCAUGGGGCCCGGAUGUCAACAACACGGUUUGCACUAACGAUCAAGGAUGGAUCACAUACCAGGGAUACCUCUCUCAGUGGACGUUAACAACAUAUCUAGAUGUACAACGUAGUUUAGAGUAUUUAGGUUACCUGGGCUACUCCAUCAUCUAUGAACAGGAGUCCCAAGCAGCUGCCAUUACAGUGACACGUAACAAGCGCAUCGAUCUGCAGAAGAAACAGACCCAGCGCAGCGUCUUUCGCUGCAAUGUCUUGGGGGCACGGGGCAGCGGGAAGAGCGGCUUCCUCCAAGCUUUCCUGGGCAGAAAUCUGCAGCGACAGAGGCGGAUUAGAGAAGACCACAAGUCCUUCUAUGCCAUCAGCACAACCUAUGUUUAUGGUCAGGAGAAGUACCUGCUGCUCCAUGAGGUGAUGCCGGACUUUGACUUCCUGUCAGAGGCAGAUUUGGCCUGUGAUGUGGUCUGCCUGGUGUAUGACAUUAAUAAUCCACGCUCUUUUGAAUACUGCGCCAAAGUGUACAAGCAAUACUUCAUAGAUAGCAAGACGCCGUGUGUGGUAAUCGCUGCCAAGUCGGACCUGCAUGAAAUGCGACAGCACUACAGCCUGUCGCCUCACGAGUUCUGCCGUAAGCACAAGCUCCACCCACCUCAGCCCUUCACGUGCAACACGAACGACGCCCCCAACAAAGACAUCUACACCAGACUCACCACAAUGGCCAUGUAUCCCCACGCCCGUCUCCGCUGCAUGUGUGCCUGCAACAGGUGCACCUAUUGCCUGUGUCAGAACCUCCUCAAGUUGGAGCUGCUGCGCAGUAUUAAGGCCCAACUCCGCAGGGUCGUUUUCAACAGCUCCAGCCAGCCCACCUGCUCUCUGCACAGUCUCACACAGCGAAGUGUGACUGUGCUGUGCCAGCUAACGCACAGGCUGCUUGCCAGGGAGGUAACAGUGUGUUCAUACACAUGUUUUUGGCUGCCCCUCUUUCUCUUCCUCUUGCAUGUGUUCACCCUCUGCUAAUCUGCCUGCUCUUUAUGUUGCACGACUCACCUGUUCUCCACCUCUUUCUGGGUAACCAGUGGCAUGUCUCGGUCUUCAGUUAAAGGGGAAAAUGUUUUUCUUUUUCCACCAGUCCAUUUCUACAGUAAAGAGAGCUUGGUGUUUUUAAUAAGAUGGAGGUAUACUGAACCUAAACGUAGGGUUUGAAUGGCGGUUUCAGGUGUUGGGCAGUAGCGUGUCGUAUGUUUGAUUUGUGUCCUUUAAAAAAAAAAAAAAAAAAAAAAAAAAAGGGCUUUGGUUUUUUUCUUUUUUCUUUUUUUUUUUUUCUUAAGGCCUUUUCUUGGCCUGUACGUCUGGGUGGGUGUUCAAGGACUCAGGCAGGGCUAUGUACUGUAAUGUUGCAUCAAGCACUAACCCUCUGUGUUGAUGCCUUUGUAAUGUGUGAUACUAUUAAUAGCAUGACACUAACCAGGCCAGCCCUGGCAGUGCAAGGGGCCAAAACAUCACACUGAAUACCUGGUGUGUUUUCUGAAAAGUGGGUUGGUUGUCUGGGAUUAUUUUACUUUAAUUUUAUGUGGUAUGAAUUCAUUCAUUCAUUCAUGUUAUCCUAGUCAUGUUGCAUAAAACAACAACUAAAUAGAAAAAAAAUGGAAAUGUUCUAUAUUUACGAAGAAACUUGCUCUCAAAAGACAAGAAAAUUAUUUAUUUUUCAAUUUAUUUUACACGGCGACAAAGAGGUCCACAGCAUUUCCAGUCUGGCUGCCAUGUGGUGUGUACAGUUUGGAUAUGUGGUGUGUGUCUGUGUGUGUAUGGCUUUUUAUUGUUUGAAGUGUGCAGUGACAUCUGACAAGGUAGGGCUAGUGUCAUGGUUGAGCCUGUGCUUUAAGGGUUUGGGUGGUGAUUAAAAUUCCUACUUUUCGGGCUGGGUGAUACUGAUGAAACUGGAUAUUGCAGUAUUUUUCACUUUGUAUUCUACUGCACACUGACAGUAUAACUAUUAACACUUAAAUAAAGUAGUGAAAUUUCACAUGACCAAAAAAUCAACUGAAUGUCAUUCAACCAAAAUCCCAAUAAUAUAGAUCUCAAGAGCACAACAUCAGUUUUGUUUUGAUGCUGUUUCCCAGCUCUGAGGUUGGAGUUUAACAAAUUAAUAUUAGGGUAUUAGGAUUGUUUGACUCAAAUGUGAAUAUUGAUAAAUAAUAUCAUAAUACUAAGUAUCUUUGGGGUUUGUACUGUUUGACUAUCAGAUGAAAUGAGAUUUGAGGACACCACCUUAAACUCUCAUAACUUUAAAUGGACGUGUUUCAUUAUUUUUUAAAAAUAUUUUAAUCACCAGAUAAAUUUCUGAUGGAAAUAGUCAUUAGUUGUAGCCCUGGUCAAUAUUAUAUUGAGGUAUCACCCAGCUCUACCGACUACAUUUGAGUGUGUGUGUGUGUGUGUGUGUGUGUGUGUGUGUGUGUGUGUGUGUGUGUGUGUGUGUGUGUGUGUGUGUGUGUGUGUGUGAGAAAGGCUGUUGGGCUGGGUGGAGGCUGUGGGGGGCUGCCUGCUGUCAGAGGAGGAUUUCAGCCUGACACAGCAGGUUUCAGCCGUCUCCAACGUGGAGGGGUCCAUCUUUAUGGAGGCCUCUGCUGGGCAGCUAA